AACCGAAUGGCAGACUCGUGACUGACAUCUGUGACAUGACGUGAUAAUAACUAAAAAGUACACAAUCUGAUAAUUGAUACUACGUUUUCUUACCUAUUUUGUUGUGCUUAUUUUUAUUCACAUAUUUUUUAACAAAAUUUAGUUAUAAUGAGUAAUGCGGAAGAAAAGUCACUUGAAGCUAUUGAAACAAAUGGUAAUUUAAACAAAGAUGAAGAUCGAAAAAAUUGGGUUAAGUUUGAUGAUGAAUCUCCACAACAAAGUGAUUUAAAAUUAAAAUCAAAGGUGUCGGAUGAAUCAGCCGUUAGUACUAUAAGACAAACAACGGCUUCGAAUCCUGCUAUACCUGCUGUACUUAAAACUGAAACAGUACAUGUGAACUUAGAUCGCAGCGAAAAUAAUAUCGAACCUCUGUCGCAAAGUGCUGUGAUGAAAAAUGUUGAAUAUAUCAAUGCCCGCCAUGGUUUUUCUAAUGGCGACGUUAUAGUGACCUUGUUGCCUACUAAUACGAAAUGGCCCUGGAUUACCACAGCAAGAUUUCGUCCAGAACUUGUCCCUGAGGAGCUGAUGGCUCAGGGUUUAACUUUGACUGUUGAGGAAUAUGUUCAUGCGAUGGAACUGCUUGUGAAUGAUGCUCGUUUUACAAUGUAUAAUAUUUGCUAUAAGAGAGUUCUAAUUUGUUGGGUUACGAUUGCAUUUCUCGUGCUCCUAACUUUGCUAUUUUCGGGCUUGACUGGUCUGACAUUAUUCUCACUCGGAGUCAUGUGGCUUGUUCUAAAUGCAAUGGCCAUUUUCCUUUGCAUGUGGAUAAAGUUAAAACUCUCAAAAGGAUUGGAGCAAUGUUUAGCAAGUGUUAAUAAAUUGUUGAAUAAGCACAAACUUUUGCUAGCAUUAGAUGACAGAGGAAAAAUAUCAUGUCAUAAAGUAAACUUAUGCUACAUGUAUUUUGAUUCGGGGCCGUGCAUAGCACAUUUACAACAAUUUAUUGAUAGCGAAGAAGGCAAAACUAUAAUGCAAGGUUGGGAACGAAGAUUAGAUGUGUCAACUAAUGAUAUUGUCAUACAAGGCAGUCAGUCAACAAGAUUAUCUCGGAAACAGGAGAGAGGUGCACUUCUAUAUUUACGAUACGCUGGUCGUUGGGGAUCGCACGCAGUUAAAAACAGAUUGAAUCUCAGCAGUGCUGUGCCCGGACGCCACGGCGAAAAAUUCAUCUGCCCUUGUCAGUUCAUAGAAGAACACUUAAAAACGAAGCCACCUGGAGGAUUAGCUAAGUUUUUCACUUUACCUACUCAAAGUAUUCAGUUAUACUGAACAACAUUAUAAAAAUAGUAAUAUGUCCGUCCAUUUUGAAUUUAUAGUAGUAUAAUAAAAAUUGUAUAAUAAAAAUUGUAUAAUAUUUAAUUAACUAGAUAUUUAAAUUAUUUUUAACAGUUUUUAGUAAUGUUUAAAUGUACUUAUACAUUUAUGUAACAUUAUUGUCCAUAUUAUUCUUUAUUACAUAGGUAUACAUUUUAUUUAUAAAUAUAUUUACCUAAUGCAGUUACUUAACUAAGAUUUAACAGUUUUGUUUAGAAGAUGAUAUUUAACCGUAAUAUGGGAUCAUUUAAUUUACAAACAUUCAGAACUCCACAUAUCUUUGUUUGUAAAAGUUAGAAUAAUUUUAUUUAUAAAUUAACCAAUUCAUAAAAUAAUACAUAUCAAAAUAGCAAGACUACAUAAUGUAAUUGGUAGAUUUUUUGUAAACAAAGUCAUAAAACAAAAACUGUAAUUGUGUACUAACUCAUAAAAAUAUUUUAGUCUAACUUAAAAUGUUAUUAUGUACUUUUUAUUACUUACUAUAUUAUACAUAUUACUUGUAUUUUAAGUUGACUAAAAAUUUUAUAUUAAGACUAAAAGUGAUGUUACUGUACUUAAUGGAUAUAUAAGGCUCACAUGUUUAUAUAUUCGCUUAAAACUAUACAGAAAAAGUAGGGCAUUUUACCGUUGUUUUUUUUAAGGAAAAAUAUAUUGAAACUAUGUACCAUGUUAGAUAUAUAUUGAAACACAAGGCAGGUGAUUGUUUCAAAAAUUGCUUGGCUUUUAUUUACUAUAAUAUAAAUUAGUAGGUAAUUAUUUCAUCCAAAGCCUACUUACUAUCAUACAUUUAAUUUUAAGUGAAAGGAAUUUGAGCUAUGAAAAAAGUAAAUCAAAUAAAGGAAUUUAUGGAAUUUUCAUAAAAUUAACAUCGUUUCUACCUAUAAAGUUAUAAUCAUUCUGGCAACAGACACACUUAUUCUUCAGAAAAUUGCUGAAUACUUUAGUUCGACUUCAAAAGAAAUAAGCCAAAUAUUAAUUGUUACAAGCAAUCAGCAUAAUAGCUCAAAAAUUUAAUAUCAUGUAAUAUAGAAAUUGGUCUGCUCAAAUCACUAAAGUUCAUUGUGUGCCAAAUUCUUAUCAUUGAUAAAGAAGCAUGAUUAAUCUUGUUUUCUUUUUCCUACUCUAUUUUUUUAAUAUAGUUAAAUUAUUUUUAUUUACUUGAUGAUAAUGCACAUUAUAAUAUUGUUAGAGCACAUGUAUAACUGUUAUCAAUGAAAUGUUCAUUUAAUAUCAAAAUUACUUUUUUUUUGUAAAUAUUUCAUUAUAAACUAUAUUAUACUUAUGGUAUUAUAUACAUAACAAGUAUUAAAUGGAAACAAAGUCUGCUGUGGAAAUCCACUUUGUAUGUUUAGAGUGAUUUCAUUAUUGUGGAUUUUAUAUUUAAUUAUAAAAAAGAAAUUGUUAUUUCACAUAUCAUGUGGAUUUAUCGGUACCAUAUUCACAAUAAGCCCUGAAACAUAAAAUCCAAAGUAAUGGGUACAAAAAUAAAACAACAUACUAAUUAAUAAUAUUAUUGUAUAAUCUCUACUUCAUAUAUUUUGUAAUUUUAACAUGAUAUAUAUAUAGUUAAAAGUAAAGCCGAUUGUCAUCCUAUAUUAUAUAUUCUGUGCAAUGUGUAGUCAUUGUACCUAAAAUUAUUAUUGCUCUUGGUUUUUCUUACAAGUACCUAAAAGAGACAAAUAAUAAUAAACUAAGUAAUUAAAAUCAAACUAGUCGUCUUGAGCACAAAAACUGUAUAUACACAUACAGGUAAUUAUUUAAAUUCAGAUAUAUUUAUUUAAAUUUUAUGUUAUCAUUACAUUCUUAUUAUUUACUAUUAUGUAAUUCUGUUUAAUUAAACAUAAAUUUAUAGAUAGGGUUGGAAUUUGAAAAUAGGUAGGGAUUUAAAUUUUAAGCCAAAGCUCAAUAUUGUUUAACAUCUGUUGAUAUUUGAAAGAAAUAAGUAGUAAUAAUUUUGCGCACAAUCAUUUUAGGGAUGUAUCACAUUUUUAUUAACUUAUUUUUUUAUGUUAUACUUAUUGCAAUGGAAUCGAAAUUGUGAUCUAAAAUAUGUGUAUAGCAGGUUUUAAAAAUUCAAGUAAUUUUAUAAAAGGUAGCUAGUUGUUGUGAUUAAAUAUAACAUUCCGUCCUUUACAAAAUUUAUUUAUGCAUAUAAUAUUUAGUCAUUAAUAAUAUAUUCUUUGUACACAUUUUUGUUAUUUAAUAAAUAUAUGAAAUCUA